AUGCGCGUCAAACGCGCCCGUAAGGUCCGCAAGUACCUCCGGUACUACCGCACGUGCCACGGAUUCCGCGCGCCCUACAAGGUGCUCGUGGACGGCAACUUCAUCCACGCGGUGAUGUCGAUGAAGCUCGGCGACGCGAAGGAUGUGGUCGUCAAGUACCUCGGCGCGCCCUCGAAGCUCUUCACCACGCGAUGCGUCAAGGAGGAGCUCAGGCUGAUGGGAAAGGAUCUGAAGGAGGCGUCGUUCUACGCUCGCAAACUGGAGGAGGUCAAGGACGGCCCGGACCCGCCCGCGCCCGCGCUCGACAGCAUCGUCGCCGCGGUUGACGGCGGCAACUCCGAGCGGUUCAUCGUGUGCACGCAGGACGAUAAGCUCCGCAAGCGUUUGCUCGCCGACUCCCCCAUGACGCCGGUUGUGUUUUGCCACACCUCGGGUCUGCAGAUGGAGCCCCCGGCUGACGCGGAAGGCAGCGGCGUGGCGUCGCAGAGGGAACACGGCGCGGGUCUCACGGAGGAGGAACGAAACGCGCUGGGUCAGGAGGAGGUGGUGCGGGGUGCGAGAGGGGUUCGGACGAACGUGCGAUACAAGAAGCCGAAGGCGAGGGGGCCCAACCCGCUCAGCGUGAAGAAAAAGAUUGCGAAGGCGCCGUCGCGGGGGAGCGGGACCGACGGCGGCGGCGCGGCGAAGAAAAAGCGGAAGCGCAGGGGCGGCGGCGAUAAGGCGUCGUGA